AUGUCAUCCCACGAUGGGUCGCGGUCAGUGCGCCAGUCGAAGCGGUACUCGGUCACGGCGCUGUACCUGUCCAUGUCAGCCAAGGAUAAGGAACUUGAGAUCGAAGACGAUCUAGCCAGAGCCCAGAAGAUACUGCGGGAGCUAAAAUCCAAGAUCUCGUCCCAGUCGAAGAAGAACUUUGUACUCGAGAAAGACGUUCGCUACCUCGACUCGCGGAUAGCAUUGCUUAUCCAGAACCGUAUGGCUUUGGAAGAGCAAAACGAAGUCGCCAGCCACCUCGAAGACGGACUCGAACUGCAAGAAGGAUCGUUCCCCAACGAUGAGAAGACACAGAGAUAUGGCAAUCUGCUGUUCCUGCUCCAAUCUGAACCACGACACAUUGCCCACCUCUGCCGACUGGUGUCAAUGGCCGAGAUUGACGCGCUGCUCCAGACAGUCAUGUUUACAAUCUACGGAAACCAAUACGAGAGCCGUGAAGAGCACUUGCUCUUGACUAUGUUCCAGUCCGUGCUCACGUACCAAUUCGACAAUACGCCAGACUACAGCUCGCUGCUGCGUGCCAACACACCAGUGUCUCGAAUGAUGACUACAUAUACACGAAGAGGACCUGGUCAGAGCUAUCUGAAGGUUGUGCUGCAGGACAGCAUCAAUUCCUUGAUUGAGCUGAAGGACCUCGAUCUGGAAAUCAACCCCUUGAAGGUCUACGAGAAGAUGGUUUUCGAACUUGAGGAGCAGGGGCAAUUGCCAGCACACCUUCCAAAGGGUGUCACAGCUGAGCAGGCUGCAGAGAACGAGAAGGUUCAACAGAUCAUUGCGCCACGCGUGAACAUGCUCAUGGAGAUUGCGAACAACUUCCUCUCGACUAUCAUCAAGGGUCUUGAGGAGACACCAUAUGGUAUCCGUUGGAUCUGCAAGCAGAUCCGCAGUUUGUCACGACGCAAAUACCCGGAUGCGCAGGACCAGACUAUCUGCACACUUAUUGGUGGCUUUUUCUUCCUGCGUUUCAUCAACCCUGCCAUCGUCACGCCAAGAUCUUACAUGCUCAUCGACGCAACGCCUGCUGAGAACCCGAAGCGCACGCUUACCUACAUUGCGAAAAUGCUGCAGAACCUGGCCAACAAGCCAUCAUAUGCGAAGGAACCGUACAUGGCUAAGCUCCAGCCUUUCGUCCACCAAAACAAGGAUCGCAUCAACAAAUUCCUCCUCGAUCUGUGCGAAGUACAGGACUUCUAUGAGACCUUGGAGAUGGACAACUACGUCGCAUUGUCGAAGAGAGAUCUUGAACUCUCCAUCACGCUCAACGAAGUCUAUGCAACGCAUCAAUUGCUGGAGAGGCAUGCGACGGAGUUGGCAAGAGACGACAGCUCGCAUCUUGGUGUGAUCUUGCAAGAGCUUGGGCCAGCACCGGCUCAACUUCCACGCAAAGAGAACAGGGCUAUCAAUCUGCCGUUGUUUAGCAAGUGGGAGACGCCACUUGACGAUCUUACUGCAGCACUCGACAUCACGCAAGAGGAGAUCUUUUUCAUGGAAGCCAAGAGCACUUUCGUGUUGAUCCUUCGAUCGCUGCCUCCAAGUACCUCGGUCACUCGGAGACCAUUGAGGCUUGAUAGGAUUGCCGAGGCCGCAGCAACGACCAAGAAUGACUCGGUCAUGGUGAAGAAGGGUAUUCGCAGUAUGGAGCUAUUGAGUCAGCUGCAAGACCUGGGCGUCAUCGACAAAGAGGAUGGAUUCUCACUGCUCAGAGACGAGGUUGAGCAGGAGCUCGUACAUCUGGGUUCGAUGAAAGAAAAGACGAUCGAUGAGACAAGAAAGCUCGAGGAAGUGUAUCGGACGAUACGCGACCACAACAACUACUUGGUUGGUCAGUUGGAGACUUACAAGUCCUACCUGCACAACGUGCGAAGCCAGUCCGAGGGCAAGACAAGGAAGCAGCAGAAACAUCAGGUACUGGGGCCUUACAAAUUCACCCAUCAACAGCUGGAAAAGGAAGGUGUCAUCCAGAAGAGCAAUGUCCCGGAGAACCGGCGGGCGAACAUCUACUUCAACUUCACAAGUCCAUUACCGGGCACAUUUGUCAUAUCGUUACACUACAAGGGCCGUAACCGCGGUCUUUUGGAGCUGGACUUGAAGCUGGACGAUCUGCUUGAGAUGCAGAAGGACAACCAAGAGGACCUGGAUCUGGAGUACGUCCAGUUCAACGUUUCGAAGGUGCUGGUCCUCCUCAACAGGCGGUUCGCGCGAAAGAAGGGAUGGUAG